GGACUUAUGUCCCAUUACGAAUACACCAUAUCUGAAGGUGUUCUCUGCCUGGCCCGUGGUACCCUGUCCGUGCUUGGGUGCACCGCCAACGUCAUCAGCAUCAGAACGUUCGCGUCCAUGGGGCUCGCGGAUGGAAUGAACCUCUCUUUCCUGUGCCUGUCCGUCUCGGACCUCAUGUACCUGGUCACCGUCCUAGCCCGCGCCGUCUCUUUCCUGUUCAUGACGCUCGAGGAGAUGCCGGGCCAAUUUUUUUGGUUCCCCGUAGAACCGUACGGCGUUUACAUUUUCUUUGGCCACGCUGGAAGAAUCCCGUACAUACUCUCUAAUCUCACCACCACGUUUCUGGCCGUCGCGAGGUGCCUGUGUGUGGCCAGGCCGCUGGUUUUCAAGAACACGUUCUCCAGCAAAAUCGCCCUCACCAUCCUCUCGGCGUGCGCGGUUUUCUCGGUCUCGAGUUACGUGCCGAUUCUCUUCUACAUGGGGAUGAUCCCACUGUACGACGAGCGCACCAACGCCACGUCCAGACCAUCGCUGUGGAUUUCGCCCAAGAGGGAAGAGGUCAAAGACGUUGUCUGGGGCAUGAGGGACGCCUUCGUGCCCUUCGCCACCCAAAUCGUCGUCAUCGUCUGCGUCAUCACCAUGUCUGGGAGUCUGAGGGCGGCGUCUAACUUCAGACAUGCGAAUUCGAUAAGUCACCUCGUGCCUAGGAGUCACCUGAGUAGAGAAGCCUGUAUCAAGGGUAAUGACCCCGUGGAAGGUCGAGGCGUACAUGGAGCAAAGCCAAACUAUGUUCAGAGUAGACUCGGCGGUAAAGAGCUUCGUGUGGUGCAGCAGGUGGUCCUCAUCUGCGUGGUGUACAUCACGUGCAACACCCCGACCAUUUUUAUCAACUUCGCCAGCGUCUUCGAGUCCAACUUCUCCAUUGAGAAAACUUACCGCAAUCUCUAUCUCACGACAACGGGCGCUAAGCAUCUCUUCCAGACGAUCAACGCCAGCUUCAACAUCUUCAUCUACCACAACUACAACUCUAAGUUCAAAAAGCGAUGGGCCAUAAAUCGCCAAUAG